CCCCUUUCUUUUCAGUUCUCAAUCAGGUCGCCACGCAGACAAUAUACCAAGACUUCAUGUCUCGUCUUGGGAGUGGGUCAGUUGUGUGUGAUUUGAUUUCGCCAUGUCUGGUCGCGGUAAGGGUGGCAAAGGUUUGGGGAAGGGGGGUGCCAAGCGCCAUCGUAAAGUGCUUCGGGAUAACAUCCAAGGUAUUACCAAGCCAGCGAUUCGUCGCUUGGCUCGACGCGGGGGAGUGAAGCGUAUUUCGGGGUUGAUCUACGAAGAGACCCGGGGAGUGCUGAAGGUGUUCUUGGAGAACGUGAUCCGCGAUGCUGUCACUUACACUGAACAUGCCAAGCGAAAGACUGUAACGGCUAUGGAUGUGGUUUAUGCCCUGAAGCGCCAGGGUCGUACUCUCUAUGGUUUUGGCGGCUAAGCGGGUCAUUAAAGUCAACAGGAUAACCCAAAGGCUCUUUUAAGAGCCACCCACACUUUCAUAAUAAGAGCUGUGAUUCUAGUAUUCUAAUGCUGUGAUGUGAAAACUUAGUAUAGAAAACUACACUUACAGAUUUACACUAAAUACGUUUGGAUGUAAGCGACAAUUAGUGCUUUGGUUAAAGUAUCAGGUGUUUUUCAGCAGUAAAAUUAGUGGUGGCUUCCUUGAAUGAUAGUAUUUGUUAGA